AUGCGAGAGGGACGAAAGCUGAUAAGGUUGAAAAACAUAAGACUAUCAGUUAGUGAUAAGGGUGGAGACUUUGUCGUAAUUCCCCAUCAGCUAGAUGUUGAGAUAACGAAAGAGCAUCUUGAAGAUGCUUCGCUUUAUCGUACAUCAUCUGAGAGAGAGUUCAAAAGUAGAUGCCGAAAAUUGAACCAUGAAUGGGUCAAAAUGGCAAGGGCUUCUGGUUUAAAACCAUCAGUUAUGUUUCAACUAAAAGUUGACUUACCAACGUGCUCCGUCUUGUACUUGCUUAUAAAAACUCAUAAGUUGGUAUCCAGCAAUGAUCUUGUGUCUACCGAUCCAUCGCUACUUAAGGUCAGACCAAUCAUUAGCUGUGCAGACGGGCCAACGGAUAGGAUAACGUGGUUUUUAAACCCAAUACUUAACCAGUUGUUGAAACACAUUCCAGCCCAUCUUACGAAUACACAGAAGUUUCUGGAUCGUCUACGUACUGCGCAGCCUAGCAGCGCGUACGUGAUGGAGUCCUUCGACGCUAUCGCCCUUUAUGCAAACGUGUCGAAUGACUCCGCAAUGCAAGCCAUAUUCGAACUCCUUAUAAAACACGAAAGAGAAAUAAACAUGUAUGGCUUCAAGACAGAGCAGUUUGUGGCACUCUUAAAAGAAUGCUUGAACUGCACAAUCUUCAGAUGGUCCGGAAAGUACUAA